UUUAGAUCUUUCCUUCCGCAAAGAGGAACCGAUCACAACCACCUUAACCCCAAAUUUCUUAAACCCUAAUUUCUGAUUUUCUCUUCAUCCUUUUGACUACGUUCUCUCUUUGGCGAAUUACAAACACAUACAUGUGCUUAGUCUGUGCUUAGAGUGAAGAUAUCGAUUAUGGCUACUGAGAAUUCUAGUUCUGUUCCGGGUUCUGCGUCGAGAUCCAGUUCGGCGGCGGAUUCUUACAUUGGGAGCUUGAUAAGCUUGACAUCAAAGAGCGAGAUCAGAUACGAGGGUGUGCUCUACAACAUCAAUACUGAGGAGUCCAGUAUUGGAUUGAGAAACGUGAGAUCAUUUGGAACCGAGGGAAGGAAAAAGGAUGGUCCACAGGUCCCGCCAAGUGACAGAGUCUAUGAAUACAUAUUGUUCCGUGGAAGUGACAUCAAGGAUUUACAGGUGAAAUCUUCUCCACCUGUUCAACCUACACCAUCUAUAAAUAAUGAUCCGGCUAUAAUUCAGUCUCACUAUCCUCGCCCAACAUCUACAAGCAUGCCCUCUGCUGUCAGUGGGUCUUUGACUGAUCUUAGUGCACAUAAUCAACAAGUGGGUCUACCCGGUACAAAUUUCCAAGGUGGGCUGCCUCUAUAUCAACCUGGAGGGAAUUUAGGUACCUGGGGGGCCUCUCCUUCUCCUGCAAGUGCAACUGCUGGCGGGCUUGCCAUGCCAAUGUAUUGGCAAGGGUAUUAUGGUCCUCCAAAUGGGAUUCCACAUCUGCACCAACAGUCUAUGCUACGACCUCCACCUGGACUGUCAAUGCCUCCAUCAAUGCAACAGCCAUUGCAAUAUCCUAAUUUUAAUGCUUCUGUACCCACUGGAGCACAAAACUUGCCAGUCUCAAAUGUCCCUGCUUCAAACUUGCAGGAAGUUUCUUCUCCUUUAAUAUCAACUAGCACAAGUUCCCUUAAUUUGUUACCCACUUCCAUGCCUCCUUCAGCUUUGCCAUCAACUUUACCUCCAGUACCAUCUGCUGCGUUAGCAUCUGAAACAUUGCCGAGUUUGAUGCCUAAUAAGGCUCCUAAUUCUGCCCUUCCUGUGGUCAGGCCAAGUGGAAGCUUACCAUCACAAUCAAUUUUGACAACUUCUGGCCCAGAAUUAAAUGCCAUCAUGCCUCCCAGCUCUAAUAAGGCUAAUCCAGUUACUUUUUCAACUUUGCCAUAUCAAGGCUCAUCCCAACCUAUGUCUUCUAUUGUUGGGAUGUCUAAUUCUAUUCGCGCAGAAACACCAACACCUGUGCUGAUAACCCCAGGUCAGCUUUUGCAAUCUGGGUCUACUUCAACAUCUGCUUUAUCUCAGUCUGUGCAAGCAGCUCAUAAAGAUGUGGAAGUGGUUCAAGUGUCCUCAUCAUCACCAUCAGAAACACCAGUACCCGCUGUGAUAGAAUGUCAGCCUCCUAUACUGCCUCUGCCACCACCACAACGGGCUAGUCAGAAGCCGAACGGGGCUCCUUUCCAAAAUCGUCAUGGUUACAGAGGGCGUGAACCAGGAAGAGGAACUGUGAGCUCACGUCAGGUCACACAAUUUACGGAGGAUUUUGAUUUCAUUGCAAUGAAUGAGAAAUUCAAGAAGGAUGAGGUGUGGGGUCAUCUUGGUAAGAGUAACCAAUCUUCAUCAAUUGACAUAGGAGAUGGAAGAAUUACUGAUGAAAAUGAUCUUCUGGACGAAGCAGAUGGUGAAAUACCUAAGACUGUUGCCAAGCCUGUUUAUAAUAAGGAUGACUUCUUUGAUUCUCUCUCAAGCAAUGCACUUGAUCGCGACACACAAAAUGGAAGAAUCAGAUUCUCCGAGCAAAUGAAGAUAGACACAGAGACUUUUGGUGACUUUCCAAGGUACCGCGGUGGUCGAGGUGGCCGUGGGCUUCUGCGUGGUGGGCGUUCUCGUGGAUCAUAUUAUGGAAGAGGCUAUGGCUAUGUUGGAAGGGGUCGGGGUAGGGCCAUGCCCAGUCGCACUUCUUAGGUGGUGCAGGUGUUUUGAAAUGUAUCUUAAGUGUGGCUGCCCAGCACUGUGCCGCAGAUUUAGGCUAUAAGCUGUAGCUUUUCAGUUUUUUUUUUAUUUCCGACUGUGCAGAGGGUCUUAAAAAUGCAGAUGCGUGUUUUUAGAUUGUUUUCGUUUCCCAUCUUCUUCAGGAGACCUUUAUGGAGCUAAUGGAGAAGCAUUUGAUUUCAAUUGACUGUCAAA